AUGCCCACUGUCUGGUUGUCUCUGAGGAAAUCUCUCCAGUGCAAAUCUGAGCCAUCGGAUGUGUACGAUCCCAAGGGGAGGGGAGCCCAUCAUUUGGGCACCAUCCUCACCAAGAAGUCAGGGAGAUCGGGUUGCUCCCGAUCCAUUGCCAACCUCAAGGACGUCAUCCACGGCAGCAAGAGGCACCUCGAUCAGCCCCCCAGCUGCAGCCCCCGGUCCAUCGGCAGCAGCGAGUUCCUCAACCCCAUCACCCACGAGGUCAUCCUCAGCAACUCCACAUGCGAGCUCAAGAUCACAGGCUUAGCCGGCGCCGCCGCCGGUUCCACCUUCGUCGGCAUGCUCCGCCCGGGCACGCCGGGCCCCGGCGGCUCCAACCUUGCCCUCCACCGCAGCCCUUCCUUCAGGACCUCCGUCGGCACCUCCCCGAGGAAGUUUCCUGUCCCGUUCACCGACAGGGAGGGUCAUGUCCACGGCGGCUCUUUCCUCUCAAAUGCUGUUUUUGGUAAUGGUGGUGGAGCCCAUCAGGGUUCUUCAGCGGUGGCCAGGGCCUCCAUAGAGUCGGAUUCUCAUGUGUCCGCCGCUGCAGCCGCCGCCGCCGUGAUCUGCCACAAGUGCGGGGAGCAGUUCGGGAAAUGGGAAGCAGCCGAAGCCCAUCACCUCUCGAAACAUGCCGGUUAGGAUCAUUUCUUUCUCAUUCUGCGUCACAAAAAAUAUACGCAUUUCAGUUUGAUGAAUAAGGAGCAUAUUUCUAAUACUUCCAAUUAAUUGGGUAAUACGAAAGCUAGGCUAUCUCUCAACUGAAGAUGACAUGAUUUUCACUUUGAAUGUAAAAAAGGAAUUUGACAGAGUUUUUUAAAAACUGAUUCUGCUCAUUAAAGCUGUUGAUUUCCUAUAAUUAUUUAUAUUUAUCGUCUCGAGACACGCCUACCCUCAGUUCUUCCUUUUUAAUAUGAAAUCUUCACAUUUCGAGAAUACCCUGAUGUACUAUUAUGUACUAUUUAGACUUUAUCAUAUAAGACGAAUAACCUAAAUAUUUCAAUUCUUCAGACUUGGUGGACUUUGACGAAUAGUCUCAAUGUUUUUGCUUACUAAUGCCUUCAGCCGAUGCUUGUCGAAGAAUAUUCUCAUCAAAAUAGUUGACGUUCUACAGAAGUUCUAUAUAUUCCGUUUAUUUAUGUUCUCAGAAGACAAUCAGUAAAGUCUAAACCGUGAUUUUUCGUUAGAACAUUUUCUUCGGAAAUUGUCAUGUAAGGAAUAAUCUAUACCUUUUUCAGUUUACUCAUACACUCAGACUGAAUUUGGUGAUUUGACGAAUACGAAUGUAGCUUAUUUACACUCUCAGGCAAUAAUUGGUAUGACGAAUAAUCCGUAUAUUUUUUGUUCACAUGUAAUCUCAGAUUAUGAGCAGCGACUUGAGACGAAGACUCCGCAUAUUUCGGUUCAUUUGUGUAGCCAGUCAACGAUUUCUGCCCAAUGUUUUCUAAAAAAUAUGUCGAUAUACUGGAUAUAUUUCAGUCCAUUUAUUUUCGUGAAAAUGAGCCUGGUAAUGCUUCUGGAAUGAUCCGCGUAUUUCCUCUAACGUUGCUAGUUCUCUGCCAAAAUUGAUCUGCAGUGACGGAGCUCGUCGAAGGAGAUUCGUCGAGGAAGAUCGUGGAGAUAAUCUGCAGAACGAGCUGGUCGAAGGCGGCGGAAGGCAACAGCGGGCGGAUAGAGAGGGUUCUGAAGGUACACAACAUGCAGAGAACCCUAGCCCGGUUCGAGGAGUACAGGGAGAUGGUGAAGCUGAAGGCCAGCAAGCUCGCCAAGAAGCACCCCCGGUGCCUCGCCGACGGCAACGAGCUGCUGCGCUUCUACGGCACCACUGUCGCCUGCUCGCUUGGCGCGAGCGGCUCCUCGAGCCUCUGCGCCGGGGACAAGUGCAGCGUCUGCCGCAUCAUCCGGCGGGGCUUCACGGUGGGAAAGGGCGGCGUGGGUGUCUUCACGACGUCCACAAGCACGCGGGCCUUCGAGUCCGUCGAGACCUACGACGACGACCUCGCGGUGCGGAAGGCGCUGCUGGUCUGCCGGGUGAUCGCCGGCCGGGUGCACCGGCCGCUGGACAACUUCGAGGAGCUCGCCGGGCAGACCGGCUUCGAUUCCCUCGCCGGAAAGGUCGGCCUCUACGCCAACAUCGAGGAGCUCUACCUGCUCAACCCGCAGGCCCUCCUCCCUUGCUUCGUCGUCAUCUGCAAGCCUUGA